GUCAAGCAUCGGACCGAACGAUUAUCAGAUUCGCCGAUCCGGUUAGCGCAGUCUAUUUUCUCCAUGUAACGCAGCUUCAUCUUCACUUCUUCCUCUCGUCACUCCAUUGCAGACACCAUGGUCUGUCUACACAACCGUCUCUCCUACGCCAGCUGGCGUCUGAGGGUCUUCCGCCAGCUUUUCGACCUCCACCGCGUCUCGCGCCCACUCUCAACCUCCACCCAGCGCCCCAAUGCACAAGACCGCUCGACCGACACCACCACCACCACAACCACAACCACAACUCCCAACACACCACAACAACCCAACCAAACCCAAUCCACUCCUAACGAUGCCAAUCGCAAACCCCCGCGACCCUCCCAACUCCUCCCCCAAUCCCCCCUCCUCACUCACCCGCGCCUCCCCAAAACCAAACCCCACAAACGCACCGCAACCCCCGAAGACAAAGACCCCCUCCGCCUCAACCCCUGGGCCCAAGCCCUCGCCUCCCCAGUCCGCAUGUGCAACCUAACAAACGCACGCCUCCCGCGCGCCCUCUUCACAGAAUGGGGCAUCAUCCGCCGAGCAAGCGACACCGAACCAGACCCACCCCUACACAUCCUCCCCACAGGCCUCCUCAAAGACGACCUCGCCGCGUCGCGAGAGCAGCACCAAACCGCCCUAUCCUCAGACCAACUCGAACAAUCACCCCCAGCAAAACCAACCCCAUCCACCACCACCAGAAACAACCACCCCCCACAGCCGCUCAUCUUCCGCCUAACCGAGCGUCUCCCCGUCCUGACCAGCCUGACGCAGGCGCUCGACAGCGGUCCCGAAUCCGACCGUCGGAGAUCCAAUCUGGCGCGCAUCCUGCCCAAUCGCUGGAAAUAUCCGCACGGUCCGUUGACGAGUCGUGCUGCGGGUAUGCUGUCUUGGCGGGAUGAUAUGCCUGAGUUUAUGGUCGGGCGGAUGAGGGCGCAGGCUGCGCGUGCGCUUCAGAAAGCGAGUCGGACGUAUAAGAAGGUGGAUCGGGGUCGCGAUGGCGUUUGGCGGACGUUGCCGCUGGAUGCGCGUUCUAAAUCGGCGCUGGAGACUGCGCUGAGGGAUUUGCCGGCUGUGGAGCGUAUGGAGUGCGGUGCGGUGCUGGUUAUGGGCCAGCCCCGGAGUGGUCAGGAUGCUACUACCCCGGAGGUGGAGAAGUCUACCCUGCCCGAUGCAGUGCAUCUGCAGCAGACUCAGUCCCGGGUUCCUGUCUUUGAUCUGUCGGUGCUGUUGUCCGAGGCAGAGCUGGAAGAGCUGAGACGAUCCGACGCGCGGUUCCAGAGCCUAGCGCUGUUUUUCAGACCCGCUGAUAAAACGACUAUGGACACGCUGCUGACUCUGUGGAAGCUCAAGGGCUUUCUUCGGGGGUAGUGCUGGUAUAACUUCUUAUCCAGUAUAUACAUAUACAAAUACCAUCAGUGAUGUGUAGUGAAAUCGAUAAUGCGCUGGCUCGUCGCAAUGUCUUUACAAUGUUGGUUGGACAUGGUGGGAUUCUCGAAUCCAUCGUGUAUGCAUGUUGUAUAUAUCCAACCUGCACUCUAUGGACCCGCCUGUAUCUUAUUUUCCGUCAUAAUUCAUACCAGCUCACAUAAUAUACCCAACUGCC